GGUUUUAAGUUACGCCAAAGAUGGCAAUUUAUACCUAGACGGAGCUACAAUGUGCACGAAUUUAUCGUCUGUGUGCAGAAAUGUCCCUCGUAUCGCAAACUGCAAGAAUUCUUGCCCAUUAAACGUACAAUAUCGCAGUUUUGGAGUCUCUGGGAGCUAUGGAGCGAACAUUUACGGGACCCAGAGCAGAAUUAUCAACGCACGUCUCCUGAGGCUCCCAGAAGAGAAGAAACCAGAGUCCAUAAGCCUCAAUCCACGCAUACACGUUGCUAAAUGGCCGGGAAACAUACGUUCUCUCAGGGCAAAGUACUUUUUCAGAGAUGGACAAAAGACCAACACUGGAUAUUACCAGAUGCUUAUAAGGAACAAAGAUGAAGUGAAAAAGGACCUUUGCUUCGUGUCAAACAUAAACAAGAACGCUACUUGUACAAGGACUAUCGAAUCCUGUUUACAUGAGCAGACUAGGGGAUUUGUAGGACAAGUUUUGCUGCACGGAAGAGGUGUAAAGGCCUACUUUGAACCUCAGUGGCCGAAUUUGAUGUUUAGGCUGGGUGUUGGUUCCAAAUCUAUUGAUGCGACGAGAAUAUGCACAAUGUACGCCCAGCACGUUAAAAUUGACGUGGAUAGGACAGGUUUAAUUGUAUCUGUUCAUGGAUAUAACAAGAUGAUGGUUGGAAAUGUAGUUUACAGAAUUUUCAAGCUUGUAAAGGCAAACCCAUACACGAUGAAGGGAGGUCACAUUGCUAAUCAUCCCAUUAAGCAAAAGGUUAUUAAAAGGAGAUAACUUGUACAUUAC